AUGGGUCGAGUUUCAUCAAAUGAGAAUGUGUCGAGUUUCAUCAAAUCAGAAUGUGUCGAGUUUCAUCAAAUGAGAAUGUGUCGAGUUUCAUCAAAUGAGAAUGGGGCUGAUGUGAGAAAUCCUCGAUACAACAGAACUACUGCGAGAUUGAUGAAAACGGGAGGUAACUCUAUUCAAACAAUACAUUCAAGAAACAGUAAUAAUCAUGUUGUUGGAAUAACGAAUGGAAAAACAGUUGGGAUAGGGGGAGUGUUAGGUGCCAAGGAAGGCAAGGCCAUUGGGGACAGUUUACGACAGGGACUGCGAAAAGCGUUACCAUUCGCAAAUAACAUCAAACAAAACUACCGAGUGCCAUCAACAGGAAAAGGUGUAGCAAGGAAAAGUAAUGUAAAUACGAGGCAAACACAUAGUAAAAAACAUGUAAACACGAUACGUAAAAACACAGUCCCUGGAAGAGCUCGCACGAGUGCCGGAAGUAAUUUACAACGAAGUAUUGCUGCGAUACCAACUAGUGCCACUCGAGUAAGAUUAAACAAAAUGGCGGGCAACAGUGGAGCUGGAAGUGGUAAUACCAAAACAGGUACCGAAACUCAUUCUCAAAAGCAGAUGGCUUCCGGUAAAGCUGUGGUUAAGAACGCUGUUCGAGGAUCUGCAACUGGUAUCACUCGAAAAACUGCUAAUUCAAAAACAAGACAGGCACGAGGUCCCUCAGUAAGAGGUGCGUCCUCAAAAUCAAGAUCCGGGUCUUCUCUUUCCUCUAAUAGUAGAGGAAAAUCUCGGUCGUCUAGUAUGAGGGGGGAUACAUCGCAAGGAUCAUCGAACGGACGAAAUAUAGCGGUCGCAACAAAUAGCAACCAAAACGGAAAAAUCCGGAAUAAUUCUGGAAACACAAGAUUUCCAAGAAAUCAGAUAUCCGAUGGAAAUAAAGGAAGAAAUUCCCGGCAUUUUUACAGAAAUAAUGGGCAAAAUUUUCACAAUUCGGCACGAUUUGAUAAUGGAAAUUCUGCGGGGUUAAUGAAUGGUAAUAACAGGAUGCAAACAUCACAACGAAGAUAUCCGUCAUUUCAUGUGACCUCGGGUAUGCAGUCUAAUAUACGACGUAGAACUGGGGGAAUUCCGAACGGAAUUUCAAACAGCGGUAAAAGAGUGGUUGUUCAAAACGGAAGACGAAUUAUUAUUUCUCCGUCUCAAUACACCAUGCAACAACAUAGCCAAAAUGUUCCACAGCAGCAUCAGAAUCAGCGCCAGGUACGGCUAGUCGGCGAAGCUUUGGAAGGCGGACUGGAGAGUAUGGAUAUAGAUAAUAUAAUCGGAUUAGCAUCAAAGAUCGCUUCAGUCAAAUUAGCAAAUUCGGUUCUGUCAUCCUUGAGUGGUCAGGAAGGAACACCGCAACUCUCACGUUUUUUAAUCAAUUCAGAACUCGACAUCGUUCCGGAAUUAAUUGUGCCGGCUUCGAGACAAGUCAUACAGGCGCCGAGACGGCCGAGGCAUAUCGUUACAAUAAAACAGAACUCACCAGCUGUUGUUCAAUCACCAUCCUCACAAGUUAGAAACGAAAUCAAGGUCGCGCAAAGCGGAUACGGUACACCAGUAUUAGUCCGAUCAGGUGGAGAUAUCCAGUUCUCUCGGGUAGACCAGACCGGUACACAAAUAUCGAGUGUUAUAAUAAGUCAUAAAAUACAAAACGUAAACAAUCCAAAUAAGGCAACGACUGUCAAAACUAGUCCUGAAAACGGCCAAAACAUUGGAACAAAAACCGGAACCGGAAAUAGUGCAAAUGGAGGGACAAGUAAACAAGCACCAGAACCUGAAUUAGAAAUGGAAAUGGAACAAGAAGGUUUGUCUACGACUACAACUAUUGCUCCAAAAGCAAAAACCGACAAACCGUUGUUGCCACCAACAACAACAGUAGCGAACUCUGUACUAGUGACGUAA